GAUCUACCGUCUUUCUUACCAGAAAAGCCUACUACUUGAAAUGCUCAUCAUGCUACCAGAGGCCCUUAAUUAAAGCCCCAGUUUUCUCACAUGCUGUCCAAGCCCUUGGGAGUUUACUCGAGCCUUCCAUUUACCUCGUCGCGGCUAAAUCCUCUCACCCUCAGCCCGUCACUCCGCCCACUAUCCUGCUUUAGCCAGCCUCACUCACCAAGUUAAUUCCCUCUUCUUCCCUUUCCUUCACCUUGUCUUUUCGAUCGAAUAGACGUUUUCACUUUGAUAUUAUAUACCUCCAUCCACAGUACGACACUAUUUCUCCCCCAACCCACGUCAACACUUGUUCCUGCCCGCCAUGGUAGCAGAGACAAAGUUAUACGACGCUCUCAGUGUCUCACCCACAGCGACACAAGAUGAAAUCAAAAAAGCCUAUCGUAAGGCCGCAUUAAAAUGGCACCCAGACAAGAACAAGGAUAGCCCCAAUGCUGCUGAAAAAUUCAAAGAGGUUUCCCAGGCGUACGAAGUCCUGUCCGACCCUGAGAAGAGAAAGGUUUAUGAUCAAUAUGGCCUCGAAUUUUUACUCAAGGGAGGACAGGCUCCCCCUCCUGGGUCCGAAGGUAUGCCUGGUGGCGGCGGCUUUGGAGGAAUGCCUGGCGGCUUCAAUUUCGCAGGUAUGCCUGGCGGCGGCGGCACGCGGUCAUUCCACUUCAGCACCAAUGGUGCAAAUGGUUUCUCCUUCUCGGAUCCAAAUGACAUUUUCUCUACCUUUGCCAAAUCUGGAGGAGGCGGUGGCGGAGAUGAUACAGAUUUUUUCGAUAUUUUUGGACAACAAUUUGGUGGAGGAGCCCGCCCAGGAGGUGGUGGUAGUCGCAGGAGUACUGGAAACUUUGCACCACGACAAGCGAGACCCCAAACACCCGAAGUCACCGUUGUUGAACGCAGUCUACCCGUAUCCUUGGAAGAUAUCUUCAAGGGGGCGCAUAAGAAGAUGAAAAUCAAGCGCAAGACGUUCAGCCCUCAAGGUCAACGAGUAUCCGAGGAUAAGAUUCUAGAAAUGGACAUCAAGCCCGGUCUCAAAGCCGGGUCCAAAUUCAAAUUCAGCGGCGUUGGCGAUCAAGAAGAAGGAGGUACACAGGACCUCCACUUUAUUGUGGCUGAGAAACCACACCCAACUUUAACCCGCGACGGAGAUGACAUUCGGACCACAAUCGAAAUUGACCUGAAAGAAGCAUUAACUGGCUGGAAAAGAACAGUCACCACCAUUGACGGCAAGCAGCUGAACGUUUCAGGCGCUGGCCCGACACAGCCAGGUUAUGAAGAAAGAUUCCCCGGCCUUGGGAUGGUGCUACCAAAGAAACCAAGCGAGAGGGGUGAUUUCAUCGUCCAGGUCAAAGUCAAUUUCCCCAAGUCGUUGACUGCGGCACAAAAGACGAAGCUCAAGGAAAUCCUAUAAACGAUAAACGGCCACGCAUGUCUUUCUGGCGAUGACGAGCAACAGUAUGCCUCGAAAUUUACAACUCUCUACCUAUGUAUACAGUGACCAUGGAUCACUGUUCACAUGUGAAUUCGUGCUGGUCUUGCAGCACCGAAAGCACCAUCUCGAUGGGGUCCACGGAUUCCCUGUUCUGACUUCACGUACGACACUUACACCACAGCCGUCUGAAAAGUGACUCGCAGUAUUGCCGAGUUUACGACAGAUGACAGUAACCACAAAGCUACUCGGUCUACCUUUCAGAUGUGUUGUGGUUGAGGUCCAAAUGACACGAGUUCAACCACCCGACAUUAAAGUCGUCUCAACUUGCGGCACAGCCUCAACCAUACAGUACCUCAAUGGUGAAAACUUGAAAGAACACUGUCAGUGUGAUCAGGGGUUGGCGAUCGACGGAAAGUUGUAUCGAGGAGAAUUGAUCGCUGCACGCCGAAAUGCUCUGCAGCGAAGCAUAGGACAGAGGUGGCCUUGGUGAAGGACACAAAGGGUUGACGAAAAGGAAUCUAUCCAGGAUCCUCAGGAGUAACAGGUUUUGAAAUCAACGGAGUCUCAUUUAUGAGCAGGCUUUCUGUACUCGUUACCAUCAACAAUUUUUAAACAACCUUAGAUAUCCCACAUGGUUUCAUGAAAUGAUAAUACCAUCCAUCAUCA